CCGUAGAAAAACAAAUAUUUUCUACCUAUAUAUAAGAGUUAAAACCAUAAUAAUUAACGCAACAACAAAUUUCCGUAGUUUCACAAUGUCCAACCAUCCCCAAAACCAAACUGCGCCGGCUAAUGGCCUUAGUCCAUCACAAGUGGUGGUGGUCAUGGUGCCCUUGCCGUGGCAAGGCCAUCUACACCAGUUCAUCCGCCUCUCCCAACUGGUCGCCGCCCACGCCAUUCCCGUAUAUAUCGUCGGCGCCGCCGCCGAAAACAUCCCGCGAAAGCUGCAAAUCCACGGCGGGAUAAACUCCACCAAUGAAGAAAUGAUCCGUUUCCAUGACUUUGUCAUCCCGCCUUUCAUCUCCCCUCCUCCGAGCCCCAACGCCGCCAAAGACUUCCCUACUCAUCUCCUUCCCACCUUCCACGCAACUAGCCAUCUUCGUCAGCCCGUGGCGGCGUUCCUGCGCGAACUCUCAUCCGAAUUCCGAAGAGUCGUCGUCGUCCAUGACUUCCUAGUGUCGUCGGUAGUCCACGGCGGCGUUGGUCCUGCAGUACCAAACGUGGAGUUGUACAGUUUGGAAGGCGUCUCGGCUUUUGCGACCGCCAUGCUUCAUUCUCGCGACGGAAAGGAAGAAGUAGCAGUAGAUCAGCUAGAUAUUGAAAAUCUAAUAAUCCCUGAAGACGUUCCGUCCUUUGAAGGAUGUGCGCCUCAGGAGAUCUUGGAGUUAACCGUACGGGAAUCCGUAUUCAAUGACUUUAGCUCAGGGAAUCUGUACAACACCAGCAUGGCGAUUGAAAGGCCUUACGUGAAUCUAAUGGCUAGGAUUCACCCAAACAAGAAGCAUUGGGCAAUUGGGCCACUCAAUAUUAAUGUGGAGACGUUGUCGGAGAAGAAAGUCGUGUCGAAUGGCCGACACAUGUGCCUGGAGUGGCUCGACAAGCAGGCUCCGCGGUCGGUGAUUUACGUGUCGUUUGGGACGACGACGACA